GAGUCCAUUCAGAGCCACUGGCAGGAUUAUUUCCAUCCUCCCCAGUGAGGGGCCCGUAAAGGCUUUAACCCGAGUACAGAACCUAUCGGGCUUGGAAUUAUCGCUGUUCAAUGAAAGGACUGUGGUUCGCGUGGAGAUGACUAGGGUCCUUCAACAAUACUAAUAAUAACCUCGCCCAUGACGAACACUUGUGGCACUAACUACGUGCAAGGUUCUGUUUUAAGAGCUUUAUGGAAGACAAGUGCUACCUUUUAGUUUCGCCUAGUGUUGAGCUGGAUGGAAGGAAUCAUCAGUCGACUGCAGGACAAACCUACCUGCAGAGGAGCGGCGUCCUUACCAAGUUUAGGAUACAUACAGUAGCCCACUCCCUCUAGGAAUCCUGCCCAGGUGCUCCAUUGCUGGGAGCCCCUCCUCCCAGGGCCCGGCACUUGUCAGUCAUUUUUUGUUCCUUUGGCCUGAAGGAGGUGGGUGCCUCAUGCCGGCUUUAAUGAAUGAAGAAACUGAGGCUCAGACAAGCCAAAUGAGAAUUGCAGGGACAGCAGGAACAAGGGAUCUAGGCCUGGCUGAGUCAUUUCUGGGCCACUGUCACCAACACCCUGUCUGUCCUUUCCUUGUGACUGGACUGUGAAGUGAGGGAGCCCCUGGUGUUGGGUGGGAACCAGCUUCUUUGUUAGGGGUAGGGGAAAGUUUGCUAGGUCCAGAUGGCUCCUAUUGGUCCUAGGGAUCGAUCAGUAUGAAGCGCCCUAUGCAUCUUAGUAUGAGCUUACCUUUCCUGAGCACAGAUACCCUCUAUGCCAGGGGCUGGCAGCCACCCCGUCUCCUACUGUAAGGGAAGGUCCCAGACAGAACCAGGUUAACCCAGGAUAACACCGAGCUUAGGAAACGGUGACAUUUGAAGGGAGCUGUUAGGGAAGAUCAUUCUCCUUUGGGCCAGCUUUAUAACAGAAGCCCCAGACAGGGAGCCACGUUGCUCAUGGGCUUGCCAUCUCCUGGAAGAGGAGGAGGAGAAGAAAAGAAGCAAACGCAUCUGUGACCAUCUGCCGCAGUCAAACUCCUUCUUCUCCUUUUGUUUUGUGAGACAAGAUUUCUCCAUGUAGUCCUGACUAUCCUGGAAUUCGCUUUGGAAACCAGGCUGGACUCCAACUCAGAAAUCCAUCCACCUGCCUCUGCCUCUCAAGUGCCGGGAUUAAAGUCGUGCGCCACCACGCCCGGCUCCGUCAACCUCUUUUUAUACUGGGAGGAGAGAGUAAUUCAGUGGCACUUAUUCGGCCCUGGUUGCUGUUUGCUCUUUUUUUUGUUGUUGUUUGUUUGUUUUUCGAGACAGGGUUUCCCUGUAUAGCCCUGGCUAUCCUGGAACUCACUUUGUAGACCAGGCUGGCCUCGAACUCAGAAAUCUGCCUGCCUCUGCCUCCCAAGUGCCAGGAUUAAAGGCGUGCGCCACCACGCCCGGCUGCUAUUUGCUUUUAAGCAGGUCUGAUUCUAUUUGCUUUCUCACAAAUUAAGUGUCGGACAAAUCGAAUCUUAACGCCUUUGCCCACAACCCAGCCGGCUCACUCGCUGUACAGGUGCUCCAGAUCAAGGGGCGUGGACUUUUGUAUCAACUCAGCAUUGAUUGGUUCUCAGGGCUUCCGGCUCUCCAUUGUCUCCCUUGGAUUGGCCGUAAGACAUUCUCCUGCUCACUGAGCCUGCGCGAGGCAGAAGUGAAAAGGAGGUGGGGGCCUCCGAAAAGAUGGCGGCUGCUCCUGCCGGUGUGGGCCGCCUAGAGGAAGAGGCGCUGCGGCGGAAAGAACGGCUGAAGGCCCUCCGGGAGAAAACCGGGCGCAAGGACAGGGAAGAUGGGGAGCCACAGACCAAGCAGCUCAGAGAAGAGGGAGAGGAAGUUGGGAAGCACAGGGGACUCAGGCUCCGGAACUAUGUCCCAGAGGAUGAAGACCUGAAGAGGAGGCGGGUCCCCCAGGCCAAACCAGUGGCAGUGGAGGAGAAGGUGAAGGAGCAGCUGGAGGCAGCCAAGCCAGAGCCUGUCAUUGAGGAAGUGGACCUGGCCAACCUGGCACCCCGGAAACCUGAUUGGGAUCUCAAGAGAGAUGUGGCCAAGAAGCUAGAGAAGCUAGAAAAGCGGACCCAGAGAGCCAUCGCGGAGCUGAUCCGUGAGCGGCUAAAAGGCCAGGAGGACAGCCUGGCCUCUGCAGUGGAUGCCACCACCGGACAAGAGGCUUGUGACUCUGACUGACAUGUUGUCCGUGUCCCAUCUGAUCUGUUCAGCACACACAUCCUGUGGGAAGAUGGUCUCAGGCAGGGAGGGGGUUAGGCUGGCCAGUACUUCUGGGUCUUGAGAACUGAGCCAACCUACUGAGUCUCAGUUUCUGUUGGUGUGACCUGUUCAUCGCCCAAGGGUGCCCACCACGCCGAGUGGCUCAAAGCUGGGAUCUGUACAUAUGUAUGCAAACUGAGCUUUUUUCAACUUCUGCAAAUAAACCUCUAUUUAGUAGA